UGCAGGUGCCGCUGUAGAGCACUUCCGCUUUCAGACACAGGAAUUCGUAGGCAGCAUGACGUCACUUAUCCUGCCAGCGGCGAGUGUGUAGCUUUCCCCCCUCCUGUCCAGGAGGAAUAUUUAGCAGCUCACUUCUCAGGACCAGUCGUUCGGUUUCUGGGUUGUUGUUCGCGGACCUCAAUCCCACACGGACGCAGAGUUCCCGUAGUAUGCGACGUUUGUGAACGGUUAUUGCCGACGCUCGCCUGUUUAAAUGGAAGACACAGAAGGUACAGAUGAGUUUUACUGCGCGGGAUGCGGAGCGAUAGUCCAAGAGCAGUUCCACAUGAAGGUCCUGCAGGACACCUGGCACAGCGCCUGCUUCCAGUGCUCCGUGUGCUGUGACCACCUGACUAACUGGUAUUAUGAGAAGGACGGCAAGCUGUACUGCCGCAAACACUACUGGGAGAAGUUUGGAGAGCUGUGUCACGGUUGUUCUCUGCUAAUGACCGGACCUGCGAUGGUGGCCGGUGAGCACAAGUAUCACCCCGAGUGCUUUGUGUGUCUCAGUUGCAAGGUGGUGAUUGAGGACAGAGAUACUUACGCCUUAGUAGAGCGCUCCAAACUUUACUGUGGGAAGUGCUACAAGCAGGUGAUCCUCACGCCCAUGUUGGAAAAGCGCUCACAUGACUCCGUCCUGGACUCCCUGCCCCACACAGUGACACUCAUCUCCAUGCCCUCCGCGGCCAACGGCAAGAGGGGCUUCUCGGUGUCUGUGCUGAGGGACGCCAACGGCUCAGCGAGUGUCCAAGUCAAAGAGGUCAGAGGGAUGCUCAUUAGUCCAGAGGUGCGCAAUGCCAUCCACGUUGGAGACAGGAUCCUGGAGAUUAAUGGCCUUCCUGUGGGGACGCUGCUGGAGGAAGAGGUGGACGACCUGAUCCAUCGCACCAGUCAGACACUACAGCUGCUUUUAGAAUAUGACCCAGUCAGGCAGCGUUUGGACCGUCUCAGGCUGGGAGCGCCCAGGAACCCCCUGGGAGCGCCAGCAACCUCCCGGAUGCGCUUGUCCUCGCCGUCGAACGCAGUCCUGGAGAGGUCUGAGGUGGAUGACGGCACGCUGAAGAGGAGGUCUUUGAGGCGCAGCAACAGCAUAUGCAAGUCCCCUGGGCCCAAUUCCCCCAAAGAGCACCUUUUUUUGACCCGAGACAUUGGGCGCUCGGAAUCUUUGAGGUCCUCCAGUAGCUGCUCUCAUCGCAUCUUCCGGCCGUGUGACCUCAUCCACGGCGAGGUUCUGGGGAAGGGCUUCUUCGGACAAGCCAUCAAGGUGACUCAUAAAGCCACGGGAGAGGUGAUGGUGAUGAAGGAGCUGAUUCGCUGCGACGAGGAGACCCAGAAAACUUUCCUCAAGGAGGUCAAAGUGAUGCGGUGCCUUGACCACCCUCACGUGCUCAAGUUCAUCGGUGUUCUCUACAAGGAUAAGAGGCUGAAUUUGAUCACAGAGUUCAUCGAAGGAGGAACCCUUAAGGACUUCAUCAGAGACACAGAUCCAUUUCCAUGGGACCAAAGGGUGAGCUUUGCAAAGAGCAUCGCGUCUGGCAUGACAUACCUUCAUUCCAUGAGCAUCAUACACAGAGACCUCAACUCUCACAAUUGCCUGGUUAAACUGGACAACACCGUGGUCGUUGCUGACUUUGGACUGUCCCGACUCAUUGUCGAAGAGAAAGUGAAACCGGCCCCCGAGAAGAGCGCCAAUAAGAAAAGGGUGUUCCGACGUAUUGACCGCAAGAAAAGGUACACCGUGGUUGGAAACCCCUACUGGAUGGCGCCGGAGAUGCUUAACGGGAAACGCUAUGACGAGAAGGUGGACAUUUUCUCUUAUGGAAUUGUUCUUUGUGAGAUCAUCGGAAAGGUCUACGCAGACCCCGAAUGUCUUCCCAGGACUCUGGACUUUGGUUUGAAUGUGGGCAAGUUUGUGGAGAAGUUCCUACCUGAAGAUUGUCCUGCAGCGUUCUUUCCGCUGGCUGUGGCGUGCUGCGACCUCACACCUGACAACCGUCCACCCUUCCAGAAGCUGGAGGACUGUUUCAUAGCUCUGUCCCUCAACCAGGAGCUGGGCAUCCCUCUGCCCAUAGAACUGGACCAACUUCACCAGAGUCUGAGUCGCCUCCACUGGCCCAAAGACAGUUCUUGCCCACUGCAGAGCACAGACCAGAAUGAGCCACAAACCCCGAACGCGUCCUCUCUGGACAGUCCCAGCAUGUCCGACAGCGCCACUUAGGACUCAGAACCUUCUGGUCUGAAAGAAACCCUGUGAGCGUACCAGGAACCAGGAAACACCUGAUUUGUGCGCAUUUCAGUUUUUACUUUUAGAUUGUACUCACGUUUACCGUGCAGAAAGGCAACAAGCAGCUCUCUGCGUUCUGUGUUCCCACAAGUCUUCACAGCAUCUUUAACACUAGUUAGUUUGCAAGUCAGGUGGUUUUUCUGCGGCCGCCAUGUUUGCUCCUUCAGAGUCAACACGAGCAGCUUCAUUGCUCCAAAAGCAAGAUUAGAAUUUUAAUUUCACUUCUCAUCCAAGGUACAAAUGUUUCUGCUGGACUUUUUGCACCUUCACUUCUUAUUUGGCCAAGCUGACACCAACAGGUCAAAAUUCCCAUCUCAAAUUUGCUGCUUUUUUUAAAGGACUUGUUACGACUCUAAGACCUGUACAGAAGAACUGGAUAUUAUUUUUGUAUUCAUUCAAAUGUUUAUAUUGUACAUAAGGCUCGACAAGAGCUCUCUUUUAGAAUCACAUUUCAUACUUUGUGGUGUUUUCAUUUUUUAGUGAGGUACAGACUGUAACCACUAAUAUUUCAUCAUCAGUAGCUUUCAGAAAUAAACACUCAAACUGCUUUUCUUCACUCGGUUUCUAGCUUGGUGGUUCUAGCUCAAUGUGGUGGAUUUAUGUCUGUAACCUGAAAACAGUAAAAUUAUUGUAAUGAUAAUCACAACCGUGCUUUUGGAUGAUUACAAUUAUUUUCUUUUUUCUAACUUGUGUAAUAAUGUACUUCAUGUCUAUGGAUGUUUCUAAUUCAAGUCUUCGUAUUGUCAAAGCAUUCAAUCGUCUUUUUCAGUUCAUGCUCAUAAAUUUUAGAUCUGACCAACCUAAAUCUAGUCUGAUCUAGAUCCGAGCAAACUAAAUCUAGUACCGACUAGAUCCCACCCACCUAAAUCUAGUCUCAACUAGAUCCGACCAACCUAAAUCUAGUCGGGACGAGAUCCGACCAACCUAUAUCUAGUCCGAAUGCGAUCAGACCACCCUAAAUCUAGUCCGAACUUUCACUGACCAACCUAAAUCUAGUCUGAACUAGGUCCCACCCACCUAAAUCUAGUCGCAACUAGAUCCGACCAACCUAAAUCUAGUCGGGACGAGAUCCGACCAACCUAUAUCCAGUCCGAAUUAGAUCAGACCAACCUAAAUCUAGUCCGAUCUUUCACUGACCAACCUCAAUCUAGUCUGAACUAGAUCUGACCAAACUAAAUCUAGUCCCAACUAUAUCCAACCAAACUAAAUCUAGUCCCGACUAGUUCUUACCCACCUAAAUCUAGUCUAAACUAGAUCCGACCAACCUAAAUCUAGUCGGGACGAGAUCAGACCAACCUAUAUCUAGUCCGAAUGAGAUCAGGCCAA